UACGACACGUUCAGCUCUGCGCUGAAUAUAAAUAGUGUAAUAGCAGCCAGGAAAAUCAUCUGGUCGAAGACUUUAAAGGUUUGAUGCACCAUGGCUUUGAGAACAGCUUUAUCACGUCUGCUGGUGAACUCACAGAGAUGUUCUCUGAUCUCUGUGUCAAGGGCCCAGGGCACUUCAGCACCUGCAGCAUUCGAGACAGAGGAGCAAGUGAAAAAAGCAGCAAAAACACCUAAGGUGCAGUUUAACUGGCGUGAUGCAUUGGAUCUGGAAGGACAGCUCACAGAGGAGGAGAUCAUGAUCAGAGACAGUUUCCGCACAUACUGCCAGGAGAAGCUCAUGCCCCGCAUCCUCAUGGCCAACAGAAAUGAACAUUUCCAUCGGGAGAUUUUAAACGAGAUGGGAGAGCUUGGUGUCCUUGGGCCUACGAUUCAAGGAUAUGGCUGUGCGGGCACUAGUUACGUGGCAUACGGUCUGAUCGCCAGGGAGGUGGAGAGAGUGGACAGUGGGUACCGUUCAGUUAUGAGUGUCCAGUCAUCACUAGUCAUGCACCCAAUCAACGCAUAUGGAACAGAAGCACAGAAACAGAAAUACCUGCCUAAAUUGGCUCGUGGAGAGAUUCUGGGCUGUUUUGGACUUACAGAACCAAACCAUGGGAGUGACCCUGGUGGCAUGGAGACCAAAGCCAAAUACAACCCCUCCAGCAAGACCUAUACCAUCAGUGGGGCAAAAACAUGGAUCACCAACUCCCCAUACGCUGAUAUCUGUGUGGUGUGGGCCAAAUGUGAGGAUGGCAGAGUGAGAGGGUUUAUCCUGGAGAGAGGAAUGAAUGGCCUGAGCACCCCUAAGAUAGAGGGCAAGUUCUCCCUCAGGGCCUCAGCCACAGGGAUGAUCCUAAUGGACGAGGUUGAAGUGCCAGAGGAAAACCUGCUGCCCCAUGUGUCUGGCCUUGCUGGUCCCUUUGGCUGCCUGAAUAAUGCCCGUUAUGGCAUUGCAUGGGGUGCUCUUGGUGCUGCAGAAUUUUGUUUCCAUGCUGCCCGCCAGUACACCAUGGACAGAAUCCAAUUUGGAGUCCCUCUGGCCAGAAACCAGCUCAUACAGAAGAAGAUGGCAGACAUGCUGACAGAGAUUACCAUCGGCCUACAGUCCUGUUUACAGCUUGGCAGACUCAUUGACCAAAAGAAAUACACACCAGACAUGAUCUCCAUGCUGAAACGGAACUCGUGUGGUAAAGCCCUAGACAUCGCCAGGCAAGCGAGAGACAUGCUGGGAGGAAACGGCAUAGCAGAUGAAUACCACAUUAUACGCCAUGUUAUGAACCUAGAGGCUGUCAACACAUAUGAAGGCACUCAUGACAUCCAUGCUUUGAUCUUGGGGAGAGCCAUCACUGGACUCCAGUCUUUCACUGUUGGAAAAUAAACCCUUUUAUCAUUCUGAACAUGGGUAUAAUGGACUUUUGCAUCUGUUUCUGCAAUGAGGGAGAUACUUGAUCAACAUCCAUCCAUAAGUGCCUCUGUAUGCUCUCAAAUCUUUCAGUUAGUAAAUGGGUCCAAACUCACUUAAAUCUGCACAUACAAAUCUUCAACGGGAUCUUCUCUUUAGGGUCAGGUUACAAAGGCAGUUACAUUAUGAAAUGGUUAAUAAUUUUGUGGUAAAAUUACUGAAAGUCUUGGAUCCACAAUUAGUCAUUGUACAAUGUACAAUGAUCAUGAGAACUGAUAAAAGAUAAGUCAUUGUGGUUCAAAACAUGUUUUAAGUCAGGGAUGCCAGACAUCCUGCAUGCACUUUAGACUGGCCUGCUGAUCAUUGUCAAUGACUCUUGUAAAAUGUAUUGUAUUUAUGGAGUCCUGAAAAUGAAUUGAACACCAGUAAAUUGUGAGUCUGUGCAUUCAUUCUGAAUAAAAUAUAAUUUGUUUCUGA